AUGGCAGCUGCAACCUUUGCCGCCGACCACAGUCGGUCUGAAGUCUCUUACCAUGCGCGGCCGUUCCCCAUGUGGGUCGUCAGCGUCUCGGACAUGCUGCGUAUGAGAGCUCCGGCUCAGCCGCAUGCAGAGCUCCUCAAGUCGGGCCAGCUGGUGUUGCAUGAGGCAAAAAUGUAUACAGUCUUUGUCUCACACCAGUGGUUGGGAAGACAUCAUCCGGACCCGGACGGAAAACAGCUCGUAGUGCUCCAAGAGGCGAUAGCUGGCUGCAUCUCUGGAAGGCUGCUGAAGUCUGAUGACUCGGUUGCAAGAAUGUACAUUGGGAACCGCCCAACAGCAAGCAAGGAGCGUUCAAAAUUGCGUGAUGGCUACAUGUGGUUGGACUGGUUCUGCAUUCCACAGGACGCAGAAGAGCACGAAAACCAGUUACUAGCCAUACGGUCUAUUCCAUCCUACGUGGAGCACUGCAGUAUGUUCGUCGCUUUGGUUCCUGAGCUUCGACACGAAUCUGGCAGCGCCUGUGAUUACGAAUCGUGGCUGCGGCGGGGUUGGUGCUUAGCAGAGCUCUGGUGUGCUCAACUAUCCAACAGCCGAAGCAGCAUGCAAAUGAUUGUCAUACGUGGUCCUUUAGCCACGGAAUUUGCCAUGCCUCAAACCUGGGUCUACACCCUACCACACGAGGGAGACUUCACCUUGGAAGCGGAUCGAAGUCACAUCAGGGAGAUGCUGGCGGCAUCGCUGCAGGCCCGCAUUGCAUUCCUGGAAGCAAAUGAGGUUCAGCCUGGAGUUUGCAGGUAUUUGAAAUGCAGGUCUCACGACUGGGUUGGUCCGAGACUUUCCCCCACGCAGAGAUCCGAAGAGGAUUUUCUGUCCCAUUUCGGAUUCCCGAGCUUGGCAAAAGCCUUGAAAGUCAAACAGAUCGGGGCUUUGGCUUGCGCAGUUCUCACGGACGACAUUCCCAUGAUCCGGAGGCUUGUCCAAGCAAGGGCUUGCCUAGGAACACGGUGUACGCCACCACUUGUGCACUUAGAUGUGCUGACUUGGACGCCCUUGCACCUAGCCGUGCAUCGGGGCUCGCGUGCUCUGCCAGUCAUGGCAGAGCUCUUGCGGUUGAGGGCAGAUCCCAACUCAACCGAUUCAAUUGGCCUGCCACUGCUGGGCAAUAGUCGGGAUGCUGCCACAGUCGAGUUCUUGGUUCAGCACCAUGCCGACGUGAACUUUCAGACUGGAAUCAGCAAGGUGUCCCCAAUUGGUCUGAGCGCGGCCAGAAUUCCACAAGCCGCAGUUAUCAGCAAACUACUGGAAUUGCGUGCGGAUGUCAAUGGCAGCGAAGCCCGCGGGGGUCUUGGACAUUCAGCUCUUGUGAACUUAAUUUGGGAAUCGCGGCAUCUCCAAAACACCGGCGUGGCUCUGGCUGCACAGCUUGUCAGCGCAAGAGCAGAUGUUAAUGCGUCGGGUCGUUCAACAGGUCUCUUCCGUUGCUUCGAAGUGGUCUAUCGGGCAGCGGCUUGCUUGGGUUCCACAGAUCCAUGGGCCGUCUUUCACGCGAAUAGCAGCUCAAGCCCGCUUGGCUACGCAGCCCUCAGUGGGCAUGUGCCAAUGGUCUCCUUCUUGCUUGCGGCAAGAGCAGAUCCCGACCUUCCCAAUUCGCGUGGCCGCUCUCCAAGGCAGCUUGCAGAUUCCCGGACACAGCAUCUAUUCUCCGCUCCAGUGUUGAAGUCGACUUCGGAGGGGCUGACAGAUUCCGAGGAGCAUCUCACAAGGGAGCGCUCUCCAGAGGGGCUUGCAGAUUCCGACACGAAGCCCUUGUUUUCGGAAGGCUCGCCGACUUCCCACGAGAUGGAUCUUCCAGCGGAGUGCAUGCAGAAGCCGUUGCAGAGCAGAUCUGUGCGAGCACCUCUUUUUGGUUCUCGCUGCUCCGAGGGCUUGGUGGUGGUGAGGCUUUGA